GUGACGCGGCUCUCUGUCAGUCAGGCUCACAUCUUCUUCUGUUGGAUAAAAUGCGCCCGCUGAAGAAAGGUAACGUGUGAAAAAGACAUAAAACAAGGCGACAGAUUGAGGUGUUCCCCAGUCCCUGAAGCAGUUCUCUAUCAUGGAUGGUGCACCUGAGCCGGUGUGAACCAGUUCUACUUUAGCCUCAUUUCCACACCGCUCUCAGACCUGAUGACAGGAGAUGAGACACAGCAGCCCUAGACCUCAUCAUGAGUAUCCAGAGCCUGGGAGGAGCUAUAGGGGAGUCCCUCGGCUCUAGCCUGACGGUGCGUAUGAGUGGAGCAGGUGGCGGGUGGAGCGGUCUUUCACUGAAGCCUGUUUCCUCUGGACGGAUUGCCUCUCUGUUCCAGACCAUGGUGCCCACCGGAUACACUAAACUACAGGAUGAGCGUCUGGCGAUGGUGGACCUUGGAGCGAAGCCUGAAACUAGCCCACUUCAGAACGGCUACAGACAAGAGACGUCACAUGUGGAGAGCCGGCGGGUUCAGGACCGGGCCUCUCGGUCCUCUUUAUCUUUAUCUGACUGUGGAGACGGAUACUCAGAGACAGAGCCCAUGCUGGCUGAGAGGAGGCUGUCAGGAGAGGAGGCAGAUGCUGAGGAGGAGGAGGAGGAGGAAGGGCAGGGGACUAAUGUUCACAAUAUGCCUAAGGAGUCGCCGCUAGCUAUGGCGCUACAGAUCCUGGUGCCCUUCCUGCUGGCCGGGUUUGGAACAGUUUCAGCCGGGAUGGUUCUGGACAUCGUGCAGCACUGGGAGGCGUUCCAGUACAUCACGGAGAUCUUCAUCCUGGUUCCUGCUCUCCUCGGCCUCAAAGGAAACCUGGAGAUGACACUGGCUUCGAGGCUGUCAACAGCUGUGAAUGUGGGCAAGAUGGAUUCCCCCAUCGAGAAGUGGAAUCUGAUCAUAGGAAACCUGGCACUGAAGCAGGUUCAGGCCACUGUUGUGGGUUUCUUGGCUGCUGUUGCGGCCGUGGUUCUCGGUUGGAUCCCAGAGGGGAAGUUCCAGAUGAGCCAUGCUGUGCUGCUCUGCUCCAGCAGCGUGGCCACAGCCUUUAUAGCCUCUCUGCUGCAGGGUAUCAUCAUGGUGGGUGUAAUUGUGGGCUCGAAGAAGACGGGCAUCAACCCAGACAAUGUAGCCACGCCCAUUGCAGCCAGCUUUGGCGACCUCAUAACCUUGGCGAUCCUGGCCUGGAUAAGCCAGGGCCUCUACAAGUGCCUGGAUUCCUACCCGUACGUGUCGUCCCUGGUCUGUGCUUUCUUCAUGUGUCUGACUCCUCUGUGGAUCGUCAUCUCCUCCAAACACCCGGCCAGCCGCACCCUGCUGUACUCCGGAUGGGAGCCAGUCAUCACUGCCAUGGUCAUCAGCAGCAUCGGAGGGCUCAUCCUGGACAAAACAGUGUCUGACCCAAAUCUGGCCGGCAUCGUCGUCUACACCCCGGUUAUCAACGGAAUCGGGGGAAACCUGGUUGCCAUCCAGUCCAGCAGGAUCUCCACUCACCUGCACUUCCACUGUGCUCCUGGAGAGGUUCCUGAUGAGGCCAAAGGGUGCUACUACCCCUGCCGCACAUUCUUUGGAACAGGAGCCAACCAUCGCUCUGCUCAGGUGCUCAUCCUACUGGUGAUCCCUGGUCACCUGAUCUUCCUCUACACCAUCCAUCUGAUGAAGAGCGGACACACCACCCUGACGCCCAUCUUCAUGUCCGUCUACCUGGCUGCUGCCAUGCUGCAGGUGUUGCUGCUGCUGUGUAUCUCAGACUGGAUGGUUCACUCCAUGUGGCGGAGUGGGAAGGACCCCGACAGCUUCUCCAUCCCAUACCUGACAGCUCUAGGAGACCUGUUGGGCACCGCCCUGCUGGCACUCAGCUUCCACUUCCUGUGGGUCAUAGGAGACCAGGACAGUGACGUGGGUGACUGAGGCGACUGCUGCAGAAAGGCGUCUGCGGCGAGGGGAACGUCGCUGCCUCAUAUCAGACUUCUCUCUGCCCUGAAGCAUUGUGGGAAUGUGGGUGCUCUCUGUCACCGGCCAGCACAUUCCUCUGCUUCUUUCUCUCAAACCACUGGAUGGUUUAAAAACAAUUUUCUGCUCCUGGCUUUUUUUCUACUCACAUUAUACUCCAUAAAUUUAGACUGUUCUCAGAUUCUGAUCUGCAUACUUUGCACCGAAGCACUCGCGUUUAAUCAUGCCGGUCUUUUUAAGGGGCGCAGCCGAGGGAACCUUGUGGCUAUUUGCAAGGUGGUCCGCUCUGCUGACAGAGGUCUUUUACUCAAAAUAAAACUUCCUUGGCAGGCAGGUAUUUUGGGGAUCUACCGCCCGAUGUAUCAAACAGUUUGUAACCUGUCUGAAGUGUUUCUGCUUUGAAUCAUGGAGUCAGUGUCGGAGCAGAAACAGCUGCAGAGGAGAGUGAAGCUCAGCUCUGUAACACAUUUUAAACUGUCAUGUAAGCAGCUCAGUCUGCACCAGGGUUAAAAAGGGAAUCACAUUCGUAUUAAUGGUACGAGAAGUUAACUUUUUAAUCUUUGUUUCUGUUUGUUUGUUUUUGAUGUCCGUCUCAUUUCAAUUCACAUUCAGUAUUUGUCUCUGCAACAAAGCCGGAUCAUUCAUCCCGGCUGAUUUAAGCGAACACACACGGAUGCUGUUAGCUCACGUUUGUGUCUCUGUUUCUUUUAUAUGUACAACAUUUUUUAUUUAUGCUUUCCAUUAACGAUUGUUCCAACACAAAUGUUUUAAUGUCUCUACUCUGAAUUGGGAGAAGUCAAAUUAUUUUACACUAAUGUUUAGUUGAAUAAAGAUCUAUGAAUGUCUAAAUAAAUCAGACUGAUUGGUAGAAGUUUCCCCGUAGCCGGACAACCAGGUACUCGUCUGCAGCCCAGUUGUAGCAAACUGACCGUUCAUUAAACCCGACACUGUGCCUGUACGAUCAUAGCGAAGUGUUUCAUGACAGUGUUUCAAGUCUGAUGCAUUGAUGAGGGUGUGUUUUAUUUCUGUUUCAUAAGGAAACCACUAAAGUGAAAGUGAAAGUAAAGGAUGAGAAGCUGCAGUCAUGAGCACGUCGAGCUAACCUACAGGAAGAAAAGACCAAGUAUUGCAUUAGUGGCAUUUUAUGGACUCAUAACAUUGUUAUUAUCAUGUAUUUUAAAUGUAUAUCUCAAAAACAGAUUUCACAAGUAGCUUGCUACCCAAUGAGAGUAGGUUCAUUGAACUCAAAGCAGUGCAGCAGCAACAACAGAUGAAUAGAUUCACAAAGGCAGGCUGUAAAGUGUACAAACCAGGUCUUAUAAUGGCACUCACUGUUUACCGUACAUGAGGUUUCCUGCAAAGGUUGCCUCCUCUGCAAAACAAACAUCCAUUUAUCGAAACCAGUAAAACAAACAGGGUAAAGUUGCAUUAAAUAUCACACGUCAUUGUCCACAUUAAAGUAACUAAAGGGGCUGUGAGCUGAGCUGCUGCUGGGUUCAUUUGUUGCAGUGUUUAUAACCAAAAUCCUCAGCAGACGUCUCCUCUCCUGCAAAAUAAAACAAUCAAUAAUCUAGGUAUUAAAACCAAUGGAAAUAAACAGAAUAAAGUUGCAUGAAAUAUGUCUGAGAAUCUAGUAACUGAAGGGAUUUGUUGCAGGAUUUAUUUAGUGUUCAUACCCCAAAAGUCUCCUCUGCAAAAAAACAACAACCUGACACUGAUUCAUCCUUUCAGGAAUCAUAGAAUGAAGCAGUUUCAAGUUUCAAGUUUGUUUUGAUGUUUGUGUGCUGCAACUGAGCUGACUCUAACUAUUGUACCAAGAAAACCAAUGAAUGUCAGCAUGCACAUAAAACAUUAGACCGCAAAUUCUGAGUCUGGGACAUCCUGCAGACACACCUGCUGGGUUAUAUUCCUCCAGUGUGACUCUUUAUUGCUCCUCAGACGUGUUUUUGGAAGGUGUGCUGAAAAGGGAUUUCUCUAACCGGCUCAAUAACACAGUUUAUUUAUAUAUCUAUCAGUUUAUUUGACACAAAAAUAAUACACGUGGGCAUUGUUGCAUCUAAAGCACAACCAUUGCAAUGCACACAGGACUUCUGGCCUUGAGCCUUCUGGGAAAUGAUGCACAUGAUAAAACCUGAUGUUAGCAUAAUUAGUGAGCCAGCUACACUCGUCACUUCAGUUAAAAAGAUAAGUAAGAAAUGCAUUGACUUCCUUGAGUUUUAAAGUAUGACAGCUACAAACUCUGACAGUAAGCUCGAGAUAAUGUUUGCAACCAAGUCACAUCGCUAAAGUAAGUCUCAUUAGCAGCAUCCAACAAAGUCCAGAUGUUAGCGUUCCCCCGUUAAAAGCAUUAAAAAGUAUGUUCUGCAUGGUUUAGUGAACGGUCAGUCAUCGUGUCGGUUCCUCCACAUGUAUCCGUGUAGCCAGACUCUUCGAGUUGCAGCACUUCCACUGACGCUCAUGAAAACCAAACUAUGUCUUUUUGUGUAAUUUGUCAUCCUCUCUUUCAUCUCCUCCUCUCUCUGUUUGUUUGUUUGUUGUGUUCCUCGUCGGGGUUUGGUCGUUAGGGAUGUUUGCACAUUAAUCACAUGCUGUUUACAGUGCAUGCAUGCAUAUUUACAUGCGUGCACAUAAUUAAUCAUGAGUUUCUCUUUCCUCAUUGUCUGAUUUUUUUUGCGUUAAUCAGACUAACAUAUUAAUCAGUGUACACAGAUUAAUAUAAUCUGACUAUUGAUCCAGUGUGGGCUCCCUGAUCCCUCUGAACCUUCUCUACCUGACAGUAAAGCAUCAUGUUGUGCGCAUUUGAACGCAGCCGGUGACUAAAACUCCGAUGUGCCUCUUGAGAUUCACUGUUAAGGUAUUCUUCUCUCUCAUGCCAUGAAUGCAUUUUCUCUCCGCAACAUUACAUGUAACACGGUGCAAUGACUCCUUUUUGUACUCACUCUCAGUUCUGACUUGUGUUUUUAAAGAGUUUCAUCCCAGAGAAAGUGUAAUAACAGCACGAUCCGUCUCCUAAUGUCACAGUUGUCGGGAUCAGGAGGACUCAAAGCGGAUCCUCUCGGUUUGAUUCUCUUUUAUUUGCUUUUCCGGCUCGUUUGGGCCAAAACCGUCUAAAUAAAAGUCCUUUCUUUCUGA